AUGACUAUGGGCAGGAUCACCUUCUACGAGGACAGGAACUUCGGCGGUCGCUCCUAUGACUGCAGCAGCGACUGUGCCGACCUCACAUCCUACAUGAGCCACUGCUACUCCUGCAGGGUUCACAGUGGCUGCUUCAUGGUCUAUGACCGCGCCAAUUACAUGGGAAGCCAGUAUUUUCUGAGGAGGGGAGAGUACCCUGACUGUAGGAGCAUGGGCAUGAGUGACUUCUUCAGAUCCUGCCGAAUGAUUCCCAUGUACAGGGGAUCCUACAGAAUGAGGAUCUAUGAGAGGGAGAACUUUGGAGGUCAGAUGUACGAGAUGAUGGACGACUGCGACAAUAUCAUGGAUCGCUACCGCAUGUCCAACUGCAUGUCCUGCCACGUGAUGGAUGGCCACUGGCUCAUGUAUGAGCAGCCCCACUAUAGAGGAAGGAUGAUGUACUUCUGGCCUGGGGAGUACAGAAACUUCAGCAACAUGGGAUGGGGCAGUGGCAUGAGGUUCAUGUCUAUGAGACGUAUCAUGGAUUCUUGGUAUUAAAAUAAUUAAUAAAUCAUUCGUUAAAAAAUACACAAUGACUGAAAUCAUAUUCAUUAAAUGCAUAGGGGUGGAGAAAAAUCCUGGAAACAUUAAUCAGUGUCAAUCAGGUUCUAAAAUGACCAAUAUAAUUAAC